CAGGGCAAAUGUGUGAAGUACUGGCCCGAGGAAUGCGAUGGUGACCUUGAGAUACCAGUGUAUGGGGGCAUGUUGAAGGUCGCCUACGUUUCGACUAAAGAACAUGGAGAUUAUACUUUGAGGGAAUUUGAACUUACAAAGAAAAUCUUGAAAGUUAUUCUUACAACUAUCUACCACUACCACUACACUUCCUGGCCGGAAGUUUUCGUGCCGAAGGAUCCAGAGCCUAUUUUAAGUUUUCUCGACGUUAUAAACGAUAAGCAGGAAUCCCUGGAAGAGGCUGGCCCCAUUGUUGUCCAGUGCAGUGCUGGCAUUGGUAGGACAGGCACUGUCAUCAUCAUCGACCUACUUCGAAAUCAAAUUAGACUGCAAGGCAUCAACUGUGAUAUUGACAUACCUCAGGCAAUACAAAAGGCUCGCUCUUAUAGAUCUGGUCUUGUACAAAGCGAGUCACAGUACAAGUUUAUAUACCAGGCCAUCACUCUCUACGUUGAAAUUCUAAAUUUCAUGCAUCAAGGAAAGGUAAUAAUGGUUCAUUCAUUCUGUUUUAACUUUUUCUAUCUUUCUUUCUCUGAUCUCUUCUUUUCUCUUUGA